AUGGCGGACCCUUCAAUGUACAACUUCUUCAAUCAUCACCCCGAGCCGUCUUCAGCCAAGAAACACCCUCAAAGAGCUUUACCAUCUGCUGUUCCAAGGCUUUUCUAUUGCCAGUUCUGUCCGAGGAAGUUCUUUACUUCUCAAGCUCUGGGUGGCCACCAAAAUGCCCACAGGCAAGAACGAGCCGCGUCUCGAAGGAAGCUCCCCGGUGACCAUGACCAGAUCAGUUUGCCCCCCCAACAAUACAACUUUCAGCAACAGCUUAACAACCCUUUCGCCAUUAAAACCGAUCCACCUAUGAACUACCCUGGUGCUGCUGCCUCCGGUGCAUCGUAUCUAGACCAGUGGCUCGACCCCUUCCAUGUCCAACACCAAUACCGUCCGUCUGCCGGCUUUGCUCCUCAGGGUUUCAUCACGAGUACAGUUUCUUCUUCUACCGAGACCUCAUCUCCCAGCACUGAUGUUGAUGAAUCUGGAGAUGUUGAUCUCACUCUCCGUUUAUAA